AUGUCUCGUGCACGUACUUCAGACGAUAUUUGGUGGGCAAGGAUUUUGGAUAGAGUUGACGAACUUUUACACAAUUAUCCAAAAUUACCAAAAAAGCGGUUGGCAGAGAGCAGGUGGGUGUAUGAGUUUGUUGACGAUCCUCUCAUAGUAGUCACUGGACAACCUAUUCAUAAUGAGCCUGGUGGAAGUGGAGUCGAAAUAGCUGAUGCGGCUGUACAAGGAAAUCCUCAUGCUCGGAUAAUAUGUGAGGUAGCCGUGGGCCAAAGUGUUGGUGAAUUGAGACGAAGUGUUUAUCUUGGAUGCGAGAACAAUACGUUCGUGCUGUCAUCAGUAUCAAGAUUUCAGGUCCAAGACCAGGCAAAACUUUACCGUCAAGGAAUGGCAAUACAACGGUGGGAUUUUGGGAAUGCUAAAAAACAUUCAAGGGAUCCAAUCAAUGAUCCUGCUGAUUGCAACGCACCAAACUUGCCAGCUUUUCAGAUCACAAUUCCUAUAUGUGAAGUAUUCUGGGACCCACCGUAUCCUAUCCCAUUUGGAUAUGUUCCAGUAACCCCGACAGAUAUAAUUGGUAACGAGUUUAUUAUUGACUUGUACUGGAUCCAGCAAGCCGCUUUAGAUGCUAAUAUGUGA